CCUCAGAGCCCAAUUUGAAGGUACGUUCCAGGUUAAAACAAAAGGUGACAGAAAGGAGAAGCAGCCCUUUACUCAGGAGGAAGGAUGGAAAUGUCAGUUCAUUGAAGAAGCGACUCUUCGAGGUGACAGAAUCCUCAGUCAGUAGCAGCUCCCCUGGAUCUGGUCCCAGUUCCCCAAGCAAUGGUCCAACCAGCAGUAUAGCAGAAAGUGAAACCUCAGUUUUGUCAUCGAACGUGCAGGCUGAGCAUCUGGUUUCACAGCAACGGCUUUUGAUGCAGGAUGAAUCAGUGAACUUGUUGAGUCUGUACACAUCCCCUUCUCUGCCCAACAUUACCUUGGGACUUCCAGCAGUACAACCUCAAAUCAGUGCUUCAUCAUCAUUCAAAGAAAAGCAGAAGGGUGACACCCAGUCGCUCAGACAAGGAGCGGCCUUGGCUGGACAGUAUGGGGGAAACAUUCCUCCAUCCUCAACUCAUCCUCAUGUUCCUUUGGAGGGAAAGCCAAAUAGCAGCCACCAAGCUCUUUUGCAGCAUCUGUUACUGAAAGAACAAAUGAGACAGCAGAAACUUCUUGUGACUGGAGCAGUUCCUCUUCAUCCACAGUCUCCUUUGGCAGCAAAGGAGAGAGUCUCACCUGGCAUAAGAGCUGCCCACAAACUGCCUCGUCACAGGCCGCUGAAUCGAACCCAGUCAGCUCCUCUUCCUCAGACUACUUUGGCCCAGCUGGUCAUCCAGCAGCAGCAUCAACAAUUUUUGGAGAAGCAGAAACAGUACCAGCAGCAAAUCCACAUGAAUAAGGUGAGGUCCCAAA